GAAUCCUCCAAUGCGUUGAAAUGGUUUUGUCAUUGGAUUUUGAAAGAAGAGGGUUGAAUUUUUGGCCGUUGUUUUCCUUCCAACAGCCUCACAUCGAUCCUACAUCCUAUCGGCACCCGUGGUCUCGCCAGAGACGAGAAGUCGAGUCGACCAUUAUCAUCUCAUUGAGGAUCUUUCCUUUGGUCGAUUAUCUUUUACGGGAGACACUCCAACCAUUUGCAUUGACUUGAGAAAGAAAGAAAAGUGAGGGUAUUUCUUCCAGCUCCCUCCUACCAAGAGAACAAGUCUUCUGGAUCUUUUUGUUCCAACCAAAAAUCACUUCCGAACUCCCUCCACGCAACUACUGUACCGUAUAACUUGUUGGAAAGGAAAAAGACUUUAGCAUCAGUACUAUAUAUCUAUCUAUCUAUCUAUCAUCAUCAUCAUGGUCAAGAAACUAUCCUCCCCUCUGUCCCCCGCCGGACGGCAUCGCAGCAUGGAUGCCUUGAUUCGGUUCAUGGGCAUUGCCUGUGAUACUCAGUAUUCGGAAACCAAGGGCAACAAGGGACGCGGUGCGGCACAACGACGGCUCAAACUACUGGGUGCCAUUCUCGUGGGACUUGUUUGUAUCCUGGGGGUAAUCCAUUUGUGCUUUCCGGGGCACGCACAUCGAGUCAUUCGACACGCCAAGAAAUUACGGGUGCCCAUUGCCGCCGCCAAAUCGGGUGGCUCUCCCGCAUCCAAUCGGUAUCGCAGCACUUUUUCCCAUCGACAAGUAUUGGACUUUAUCGUCUCGGGAAGACUCAAUCUCGUAGACUUGGAAAUCAAUCACCGAGACUUGGAUCAAUCCGAGGAAGAUACAUACGAGGGCGUCUUUGGAGUCUUUUGCAAACUCAAUUUUGCAGCGCAUAAAAACAACCCAUCAGGAGUCCCCAUGUUUCGAGAUUUAGUGGGCAAGUCACCCUUAUGCGACAGUGAUUACGACUCCGAGGCCGAAGAUGACGUUCUGGAAGAGGGAGAAGAAGAUGUCCCCAGAGGUCGCGUCCGAGUCAACUUGAAACAAUUGGCUGAAAUGUCACGAAAAGCCGAUGAACGAGAAAUGUUCCCCGAAACACACAAUCUCAAACUCGCAGGAGUUGCCUUUCAUGAAUCUCGUUGUGGAUCCACACUUGUCGCCAACUCACUCAUUGCCAUGAACCCGGUCAAACACCGCGUCUACUCGGAAAGUGCCCCACCUCUGGCCGCAUUGAGCUUGUGCAGUCGAGCUCUAGAGGGAGACGACGAAGGACCCUGUACCGUAGAACAGGGGGCCAUGCUCUUGCGGGAUGUCAUGUACUUUAUGGGGCGAUCCCAAGAUCCAAAGGAAGAACGAUUCUUUUUCAAAAUUCAAAGUGCAGGAACUCGAAUGUUGGAAAUCUUUCAACGAGCCAUGCCGGAAACACCCUGGAUCUUUGUCUAUCGCGACCCCGUACAAGUCAUGAUGUCGCACUUUGCCCAUGGCAAACGAUCGGCCAAUUGUCUGCGCAGUCUUCACAAUCCUCCUCACAUCCUCCAACGCAUUGCCGAACGCAAGGGCUACAAUGCCGGUGGACGACCGGCAAAUGACGAUGACGAAGGAGAGGGGGCUCAGCCACAGGGCGGUAGAAAACUGUCGGCGGAAGAAUUCUGCGCGGCACACUUGGCCACAUUGACCGAAACGGCCGUAGAACAAAUUGCCAACAGCAAUGGACUGGGCAUGGCGGUCAACUAUGUGAGUCUACCAAAGAUCAUGUACGAACAAGUACUGCCAAAGUGGGGCGUGACUCCUUCUCAGCAGGAAAUUGAUAACAUUCUGGAAGUCUCGGGCCAUUAUUCCAAGGGGCGAGGGAAGCAAGCGGGAGAAUGGCACGAAGAUUCAGAAGCCAAGGAAGAAAUGGCCACUACCGAAAUACAGGAUGCAUCCAAGAUAUUCCUGCAGGAAUCAUACGAUUUACUGGAGGAAGUCGCCAAACGUCAGAGCAGUGAGAUCUAGCUAGUUGGAUGUUGUUGAAUGAAUGUAAGCGACCGUAGUUGUACCGUGGAUUGUGAUUUGUGCUGAAAAUUAGAUAAUGAUUGUGAUUUGUGCUGAAAAUUAGAUAAUUUAAAAGGACGCAAUAGUAGCAUCUCAUGGGAUGUCUAAUUGCUCUCAGACUAGCUGCAGCGCGGAUAAACAAACUGGCUUGCCUAUAUAUAUUGGAGGAGGGCACG